GAUGUUGGUGAAGCAUUGGUGCCGUACUACAGACAAAUCCUUCCCACAUUUAAUUUGUUUGCCAAUUGCAAUAAGAAUAUCGGUGAUGCAAUUGAAUACAGUCAGCGCAAAAAUGAAAAUAUUGGAGAUCUAAUAAAUGAAACACUAAGAAUAAUGGAAACUAAGGGUGGGAAGUAUGCCUACUUCAAUAUCAAAUAUAUGAUCCCAGUCUACGAGUCAAAUCUGCUUCAAUGA